CACUGGUUGUCGCGCGCACACGCCACACAGGACUGAGCGGCGCGCGGUUAGGUCACGUGACGGUGUCUGCUGCUGGCUGAAGUGAAGCGUGUUUGCAGAUUUUUCUAUUUUGUACAUACAUUGUUUUGUAUAUACUGUAUAUGAUGACGUCGUUAGUCAGCGAUCGCUCGCGAGGGUCCCGAGACAAAGCACUGCCUGCAACCACACAGCCAACACAGCCACAGAAACACAUACAGGCCACAGCGGAACAGAUCCGACUGGCCCAAGUGAUCUAUGACAAGAAUGAUGCCGACUUUGAGGACAAAGUAAAACAGCUGAUGGAGGUGACAGGAAAGAACCAGGACGAGUGCAUGGUGGCCCUCCACGACUGCAACGAGGACGUGAACCGAGCCAUCAACUUCCUGCUGGAGGACAGCUCCGACACGACUUCAUAAACGGUGGGGAAGAAGCGGGGGCUGGUGAAAGAGGGAUCGUCUUCAGAGAACAAGGAAAACAAGGAGAACCGGGAGAAGAGAGCGGAGAGAGAGGCCAGCCGCGGGAGAGGAGGGGCGAGCAAGAGAGGGAGGGGAGCCAACCGCAUCCGGGACGUUCGGUCGGAGGAGAACGGUGUGGACCUGGGUCCCGGGGAGAGGGGCGUGGACCGCAGAGGAAGAGGGCGUGGCCGAGCUGUUGGCCUCCCGCUGUGCGCCCCCACGUCCCGGGAGGAAGGCGUCCGUCGGCGGGAAGAUCUGUCCUCGGUCCUGGGCUCUGGUUUUGGGAGCCUCGCUGGCUCUAAGCCGGCCCCCCAGGCCUCCGGACCCCCCGUCCUGGAUCAGCUGAAGGGAUCGGGCCUGGCCCCGCGGCCAGUGCAGCAGCCCGUCGCCCCGGUAACGGCUCCUCCACCCGCGGCCCCCCCGGCGGUGACGGCGGCUCCGCCCGCUCCCGUCUCCACGGCAACCUGGGACAUCAAGCCUCCCGCGCCGACCACCACCACGGCACUGUCCUCCCAGUUCAACAGGGACUUUAAGACGCAGCCGGAGCCAUCGCUGGUGCUGAGCCAGCUGGCGCAGAGGCAGCAGAGCUCGCUGCCCCAGGUCCGGCCGGCCAGCCCCCCCACGCGGCCCACGCCGUCCCCCCCUGGCCUGGAACCCUUCCCCAAACCCCGCGAGCCCUCCCCGGCCCGGGACGGACCCUCGCCCGGGGCCAAAGCCGCCGCGACAGCGACGACCGCGGACGCCCAGGCCAGCGGCAGCUCGCAGCAGAGGCAGAUGAAGACACAGAAACGCAGGAUACCACCCAGCUCCAAGAUCCCCUCCUCGGCGGUGGAGAUGCCGGGGUCAGCGGACGUCUCUGGGCUCAACGUGCAGUUCGGGGCUCUGGACUUCGGGUCAGAAGCGGCCCUGCCAGACUUCAGCCAACCGGAGAGCUGCAGCAGGGAGCCCACGCCCGCAGCACAGACACCGAACAGCCUGUACUCCAAACCCAUCAGUGAGCCCCUGGGCAGCUCCCUCUCUCUCCCCCUCUCCAGCCUGCCCUCUUCCCUGGCCCCGCCCAGCUCGGCCACGCCCCCCGCCCCCUCGUCCUCCUCCUCUUCGUCGUCCGGCAGUGGCGUGGAGACGGCCGCUCCCUCGCUCGCCCACACCCCGUUCUCCCAGAGCCAGGACUCCGCCCCCACCGCCGCUCCGGUCGCCAACGGCUACAACGGUGUCAGGACUUCAGCAACACACGAAACUACGUCAGCCUCCUCCACCCCUAAGCCAGAGUCUCCAGCUCUGGGCAGCAGCAGCACCUCCACCCGACCCCCCUCUGCCCUCCUGCCCCCCUCAGUGCCCCCCCACACCUCCGCCCUGCCCAGCCUGGCCUCUGAGAUGCCUCCCGCCUCUCUGCCCCAGCUCAGCAGCUCUCUCUCUCAUGUCAACAGCUCACAGUCCUCAAGCUCCGCCCUCACCUCCAGCUCCUCCCUCACACACACCAGUGUGGAGAGCUCCAUCCCGCACUCCGCCCCCCUCAGCAGUAACGGCGGGGUCGGGGGGCCGGUCAAUGUGACCAGCAGCGUUCACUCCGCCGGGGUCCUGGGCCUGACCGCCAACGGCACGACCGUGCCCUCCGUGUGCAGGACCGCACCCCUACAGUCCUCCUCCUCGGGUAAAGCCCCCCCCAACCUGGCGCAGGGCGUGCCCCCACUGCUGACCAACCAGUACAUCAUGGGCCCGGGAGGCCUACUGCCCGCGUAUCCGCAGAUUUAUGGCUACGAGGAUCUUCAGAUGCUGCAGUCGCGGCUGCCAAUGGAUUACUACGGAAUCACAUUCCCUGGCCCAGCUGCUACACUGGCAGGCAGAGACGGGAGUUUAGCCAAUACCCCUUACUCAGGUGAAGUGACGAAGUUCGGCAGGGCGGACUCGGCCUCCCCGGCCCCUCCCACCAGCCUGUCGGCCCAGCCCCAGCAGACGCAGCAGCAGGGCGGGGCGCAGAGCCAGGCGCCCCAGCAGCAGGGGCAGCACGGGGGGCAGCAGCAGGCCUUCCUCAACCCCGCCCUGCCCCCGGGCUACGGCUACACCGGCCUGCCCUACUACCCCGGGGUGCCCGGAGUGCCCAGCGCCUUCCAGUACGGCCCCACCAUGUUCAUGCCCCCCGCCUCGGCCAAGCAGCACGGCGUGGGCCUGGGGAACCCCUCCACACAGUUCCAGCAGCAGCAACAGGCCUACGGGCAGCACACCUACGCCUCAGGGUUCGAUGACCUCACGCAGGGCCCAGGCGCAGGAGACUACAGUAAAGGAGGCUACAGCAGCUCCUCUCAAGCACAGGCCAAAGCUGCUUCAGCCAGCCAGGGGAAAGGGAUAUCUGUGACCUCCAGCAACGCCGGAGUGCCAGAUAUGACCACUUCUGUUUACAACAAGACCCAGUCCUUUGACAAGCAGGGGUUCCACACCGGGACCCCCCCGCCCUUCAGCCUGCCCUCAGCGCUGGGGGGGACAGGACCCCUGAACCCUGGAGGAGCCCCAGGAUACGCCCCCGCCCCCUUCCUCCACAUCCUGCCUGCCCACCAGCAGCCCCACUCCCAGCUGCUGCACCACCACCUCACACAGGAUGGCCAGGGCGGCCCCAGCCAGCGCAGCCAAUCCAGCAGCAUGCAGCAGAAGACCCAAGUCACCAAGUCCAGCUACGGUGGCUCCCCCUACUGGGGAAACUGAGCCGGGGGCCCCACGAGACCUCCUACCUCUGUGUACCCCGAGAGAGGGGAAGGCACACGUACUGACUGCUCAGAUCCGUUUGUGGUGUAACCCUAAACACACACACACGCACUUAUACACACACACACACACGCGCGCACACACACGCACACACCCAUCACUGACACACACGCACACACACACUCAUGCACUGACACACACGCACACACACUACUGACACCCCCCCUCCUUUACCCAGCUCUCAUUUACCUUUUCUUUUUUCAAUUUUCUUUUUUUUUUGGCUGUCGUUGUACAUGUAAAAUAUUUAUGUAUGUAUUUAUAUAUAUACUGUAUAUGUAACAGUAGGACAUGAAAUGUGGUUUCUGCAUUUUUGUUUUUGAAGGAUGUUUUUGUUUACUUUUUUUUUUUUUUCAAAAGUUGUAGAAAAGAUGAAAGUGCAUUAAAAAGAAAAAAGAAAACUUAAAAGGAGAGAACUUUAAAAAUAUAACUUUUUAAAAAUAAAAGGGGGAGGGGGGCACUGGCAAGCACCAUGAAAAAUGGGAUUUUUUUUAUACACUAUGAAUGAUGGAAACUGUCAUUAAUAUACAGGUCAUUUUUUUAGAUUUUUUUCUUUUCGUUGCUGGGGUCUCCUAGAUUUUGCCCAAUUUUUGGUCAAAGGUGGUUGGGGGUGGGUUUCCAUGCCAACCCUUCUGCUCCUCGACUGGCAGUACAUCCUCCAUGGAGGGGGGCAAAAAUGAAAUCACUGGUCAAUUUGAUAUUUUAUUUCAUUUUAAUCCUUAUUGCCCACUGAAUAAAAAUUCUGAACAGUU